AUUUUACAUUCUUUUCCAAACUACGUUUGUGCAAUCGCCCAGGCUCUUCAUUCUUGAAAACAAACACUACCGAAACGGCAAAAAUACAAACCCGCCAAACCCAAUUGCAAUCAUCCUCCACAAAACUACCCGGUUGAUUUUUUGUUUUCAGUCAUAAGUGCUGAAACUCAAUUCAUCUUACCACUCCGGUCCCCUUAAAGAACUUUCAAGAUUCUCCAAUCAUGGGCUGCUCAAAGGAGCAACUGAUGACCUAUUUAAAGGAGCUCCAAAUUGAUUUUGAACAAUAUGAGCACCCUGUUGUAUUGACUGUUGAAGCUCAGGAAAAAUAUGUUGGACAUUUGAAUGGUGCACUGAGUAAAAAUCUGUUCUUGAAGGACAAGAAGCACAGAUUUUAUAUUGUUUCUGCAUUGGCAGACACCAGAAUAGACUUGAAAAUUCUAGCUCAGAGGCUCGGAUUGGGAAAAGGAGGCUUGAGGAUGGCCCCAGAAGAUUCACUGACAGAGAUACUUCAGGUACCCCUUGGUUGUGUUACUCCAUUCGCGCUUUAUAAUGAAUCUGCAAGGGGUGUCUCUUUAUUAUUAGACCAAGGGCUGAGAAUAAAGGAGCGAUGCUUCUUCCACCCACUAUCUAAUGACGUGACCAUUGCUAUUAACACAAGUGGUCUUGAUAAGUUUCUGAGUUCAAUUGGAAAGCCAUCAAACUAUGUUGAUCUGGAGGAUAAUCCACCAGUUGGGAAGGAUCAACCUCCUGAUCUUGCUUAUGUUGUUCCAUCUGAUGUCCUGACACUGCCUGAUAAUAUGGAGAAGUCAGCUACCUCAGUGGUUCCUGAGAAGAAGGAUCAUGUUGCUGCCGAUAUAAAACCAGAAGUUAAAGCAAAAACUGCCAAGGCAGCCAAUAAUUCAAAGAAAGAUACUUCGAAAAAUUCUUUGGGCUCUGCACCUACCUUUAUUGAUCCCGACAAAUUCGUUGAAGAAAUCCUUGGAAAGGUGUCGAAUGUAGUUCUUUGUGAGGUCAACAAUGAGAAUAUCAACCAGUAUGGUGACCAACUUGGUUAUAUAGUUUCAAACAAAAUCAAGAGGCACCUUAGAGCUCAAAUGCAAAACAUUGCUACAAUGUUCAAGAACACUGCAUACACCGAUGGGUUUCAUGCCGGCAUCCAUAGUCAACGGAAUCGAAUGUGAGUGUGUUUCUAAUGUGACCAAAAAUACUUGUACUGAUUCUUGAGUUGAGAUCUCUUUAGUUCUGUUUGCCAGAGCUGGUAGUCGACCACUCAACCCUGCUCAAAGCACUGUUUCACUUUAUUUGACAGUUUUUUUUAAAUCGCUGUUAAUUGUUUCAGAAAUAUUGGUACUUGUUUUUAUCAAGUAUUAUUUUGGUUAUAGUUUCUCA